AUGGCUUCCUCCCCGACUCGCCCCGAAGUAGCGAUCCUGUGCCAUUCGCCCGCGCUCAAUGCCCUCAAACGACCGCAGCUCGUCGCGCUCGCCAAGGAGUUUGGCUUAAAGGCCAGUGGCAAGGUGAGCACAUCUCGACUGUAUUUCAGAGAACGUUUGGUAUAUCCCUGACCCAUGACUCAACCGAUCUUGAGCAGAACGUCGAAUUGAUCGAACGACUCAAGCACCAUGGACAGGAGCUCGCGCGCAAACCCCGAGCUUCGACGACUCCUCCCGAUCAAGAGGCAGGGGAGGAGACGAGCUGGAUGGUCAUUGAUGAAGAAGAAAAUAAGACCAAAGCCGAGGUCCCGAAUUCGAAGCAAGAUAUGGACGUCGAAAAGGGUAUGCAGGAGUUUGGGGUCGAAGCAGAACGUGAGCUAGCAAGCAUCGAUUGUGAAUCCUGCCUUGACUACUUUGGCUGAUUGCUCGACGUCCCGCCUUUGAACAUCUCAGCAGGUGACAAGUCGACGAUCCCCACUUCUUUCUCGAACAGCUCGUUGGCAUCGACGAUCCGAUCCGUUGGCGGGUCGCUCCUGCGCAAGCUCAAGUCGACGACGAACCUCCAAAAGUCGUCUUCCCAGUCGUCACUGGCAAAACUCGAAACGCCCUCGGGUACGACAGAGGUGGAACCACCGUCCCAUACAUCGCCAUUCCGACCUUCGACACCCAAGAUCUACCCUUCCCUGACACCUCAAUCGAUCGCUUCCUACUCGCCUUUCGCCCUAGGAGCGCGAGAUCAUGCCAUGUCGGAAGUGACGCCCGACACCCAAAGUGAUCAACCCGACUCUUCCUUUUCGACAUUGAGCACCAUGGCCUCGUCAUCGUGUGCUUCCUCAUUCCAACACGGAACUGGUAUUCGUCUCGUUUCUCGACCAACGGACUAUGGUGCCUCGGCCUCGAGUACGACUCUCCCUCUGGUCGCGGCGAAUUCGAUAGCUUCCACAGAGACCGCAGAGCCGUCGAUCGUCUCUGACUGUGAACGAGAUUACGCUUUUGUGUCUAUUCCCCAAGGCACCACACAUGUGACCACGCUGGCACCCGUCUCACCCGAGCUGUCCAAGCCACCAACGAACGACGCUCGCUUCAUCUUUGGCUCACCUGUGCCCAAGGCCAAAUCGGAUUUUACUUUCAGCCUCUCCCCCGGGCCUUCGAUUGAACCUUUGCUCGCUCCGGCCACGAUUAUGAAACUCGAACCCUCCCCGAUUGUGGCUCCAACUGAAGGCGUCGUUCGCUCGAAAUCCACGACCGAGCUCGUAAUGGAAGAGAUGAAUCGCCGAGCGCUCGAAUCUCUCGCUCAAUCUUCAACCUUGAACCAAAGUAUCACCUCCCUAUCCCAUUCCACCUCGACCCAUCAACUCGCAUCAGGCUCCGAUGCCAAAGGCAAUAACAAGAGGAUGUUUGAUGCCUCGCAUCGCAAAGUGUUCGACAGGAUGCAAGGUAUCGAUACCCAUUACGCGGCGAAGAGACCUCGUGAAGCUAUGAGGAACAACAACACCCUUUCGACGUCGACUUCGACGGGGAUCUUCCGCUCAACCUCGUCGAAAUCGCUCUUCCACAAAGGUGAUGACGAGGACGAUGUCUCGAGGAGUAACAAGAAGCCCAAACUGGCGAGUUCGGCGUUGAGCCAUUCGAUCGGUUCGAAACGAUUGUUUGGAACUGCGUCUUCAACGGUCGGUUCGAACCCGAUGAAGCAGAGUCCGGAGAAAGUUGCGAGUGCGCUGAGGGAACAAGGCUGGUUGGGCGUCAGCGGCGCAAAUCGAUCGGGUACCACAUCCGGGGCGUCGUCUUUGGGAAAUUUGUCGAAGAACGGAAAGAAGGAACAGAGUUCAGAGGAGAGGGAAGAGGUCAAGAGAAGGUUGGGGAUGCUCAAACAUCAGAGGAGGAAGAGUCAGGCGCAACAGGCAUCGCGGAUGAGGAAGAAGAGGGUCUCGUUGGGUCGUGAGUUGCACCAUGCAGGUACUCUGAUCAGGAGUAAAGUUAACGAAUCUUUCGUUGUGUAUCCUCAGCCACUCCAAAGCCGAGCGGGAGCUUGACAAAGACCCUCUUUCGCGCAACGUUCGGCAGCAAGUCCUCAACGAAUGAGGUGCCGCCCGUACCCUCGAGCGUUUCCAGACCACCUCCCGUUCCCGUCGUUCCUUCCGUUCUGGCUCGCUCGACGACGACCAACGAUCUUCGAGCCUCGACGAGUUCCCUCUCCCGCCCCAAACCGGCACAUGCUGCACCUAGCAUCGGAAUGACCCGACCCAAAUUCGAUCUCCAAGCCUCGCUCAAACGCAAGCCCGUAGGCUACACCCCCAAACUCGGCCCACUAUCCGCGUCUGAACCGUUAACCCACAAGCUCGAAUCACCAGCUACGACCCGGCCGUUUUCAUCGAGCUUGUCCGCUCCGACCUUGGCCUCGUCAUCGAAGCAGCUCCCUCCCUCGACGAGGAUCUUGGGCUCGAGUGCCAAAGCCAACGUCGCUUCGUUGCAGACGAAUUCGCCGGCGGUCGUCAGGAAGGCUGGGACGUUGCGGGGCAAGUUGGGUGGACGUAUUCAAGGGAGUCUCGCUGGUCGAGGUGGAGCAUUUGGGUCGACGUCCGCUCGCGCUGCGGCUACGGCGGUCGCACUACCCAAAGUCGAAUAG